CGGACCCAUUGCUCUACACACGCAGCGGAACACCGAAACACACCAGAUAGCCGCAGUGACACGAACGAGAACGACAAAAUGCGGUGGUUUAUAUUGAUAUUGGUGUGUGCUGUAUUAACAAGAGUGACUUCGGAACCGGACCCGAAAAAAUAUAAACCCGAAGAUGCAGAUAAAGAUAAAAAAUCGAGCGCAACUUUAACUAACGAUGAGAAGAAAUUUUUAAGAGAAGUCGAAGAAAAGUUCGGUAUAAAACCUCAGGUUCCUGUUGAAAUAUCAAAUACAACAGACGACAAAUCAACGUCAGCAAAUAUAACAGAAAAAACUCCAUUACCUGCUGUUAUUGCAAUUGAAAUUGUUAACGAUACAAACUCCUCGUCUAAAGGAAAGAGAACCAUUGAUGCAAACCUUGGUUAUGGCUAUCGUACCAACGAAGGGUACACGUAUACUUAUUUUGGAAAACCAAAGCAAGAAGAAGGUAAAUUUAUGAUUUACCCUUACUCGCAACAAGAUUCGUCUGAAGAGUACAAUGGACAUAGUGCUGAAUAUUCACAACAAUCUUCAGGACAACAAUCUCACGCAACCAGUGUAGAAAUUCAACCAUCACGGGCAUUCGAACUAGUGUCGGUAAAAGAUGAACAUUACAAUAAUGAUAAUUCAAAGUCUGUGGAAUCCUCACCGGCAUACCAUGAAAAAGAAACGACUACAUUCCCAUCGACUCUGUACACCACAUAUAAUGGCGAAGGUCUGUCUGGUUUAAGUGGCCACUUCCCAAGAUUAAUGUCAAACUACUUCGUUAAUCCCAAGCAACUUUUGAACAACCCUCAUUAUCAAAGUAUCGGCUUAAAUCAGGAUCAUUUAAGUACAAAUGGUUUAGAUCAAAACAAACCUGUUGUACCAGUUUUAGUGCUAAGAAUACCAAGUUCGUAUAUAAAAAAUCCUACUGCAGAAUUGUAUGCAAAUUUGCCCAGUAAUUACCCUCUCUCACACUAUUUAAACAAUGUCAAUUUACAAGAUUUGGUAAACCAAUAUUUUAAGAAAAACGGUUAUGACUCUGCACCUCAAGUAAUGGCGUAUCAAAAUCCCCAACUUUCAACUUCCAUCACACCAACAGUAUCAUCUACAUAUAGUGCUGAGCCACAACAAUAUUCAAAUCCUCACGUGCAACCAUCGUAUACUCAAUCUGAUUAUUCCGGUGUGCAAUAUUCUGGAGUAAAACCUGUCAUGGCCAAAUAUCCCUCAACCUUUGGUAGACCCAAAUAUUAUAGUUCCCGAAUUCAAUCUCAGUACAGAAGACCUGUUCAGCAACCCAAAUAUGAGUACCGAUAUCAAUAUGUACCCCAAACACCAGGCCAUACACAAGCUUACUAUGGACAAUCCCUUCAAAAGGAUCCUCAGGUAUCAACGGUGGCUACAUAUGAACAACAGAGUGAUCUCGCCGCUUUAGCCACGCCAUCUGCCGAUACAAUCAGUAAUACUGGUCAUGGAUCUUCUCAAUAUUCAUCAAACUAUGAUGGCAAAGUCAUUUCAGUUCAAUUUGAUAGUAAUACACCGUCGCACUCUUCACAGCAUGCAGACAAUUCCAACAUCGAAACACCGCAAUACGAUUACUCUAAGGAAAGUCAAGAAGCGUACAGUCCUCAACAAGCCCAGGACUAUUCUGGUCAAUCUAUAUCAGACUAUACAUCUUCUCAACUCGGAGGAUAUUACGCGCAAAAGCAGAUAGAAUCUACAGAAACAGUAAACGCAUAUCCAUCACAUACCCAAAACACAGAGCAAGAACAGCAAACCUACUCAGAGGUUAGUGCUACCCAAGGUUACGAUUAUCCAAAACCUAGAGAAGAAUCAGUUGGUAAUUCAUAUGUAGUCCCCGAAACGUAUUCAAAUAAAGACCACACUAUCGCUACAGUUCUACCCUUCACCUACAAACAACCUAAAAGACCGAACACUGCGACUGUCCAAACAGUCAGUUAUGUUACUCCUGAGCCAUCAUCUAAAUAUCAAUCCCGUUAUAGAAUAAUGGUGCCACAAACUAUACUGAAAAGUCAAGAUGAGAAAGUUACUUACGUUAAUUCAAUGCCAAUGCAUUACACUAAAGUAGGAUAUUACAAUCAAGAUUAUAAUUCUGAGGAAAAUACAAAAUAUAGCGUUGGAAAUUAUUACAGUGCUCCAACAAAUAAACAUAAAACUGGAUCAUAUACUAGGAACUAUCAAAAUUAUCUUAAACGUAUGGCAAGGCCUGAUAGUAAAGCUGAAGGGUCAUCGAACUCCUCACGAUCCAAGAAAUCAAAUGAUAAGAAAAAAUCAUCAUAAUAAAAUAGAAAUUAUUAAUUUUAUUAUAAGAUUCUUUGUAUAUACGAGUCAAAGUUACUAAUGCAAGUUUUGUAUUGUUAUUUGUAGUUUAAUUAAUGUCGUCUGAUGUAUAUUAAGAAGAAUUCAAAAUGUAUUUUUGUUAAAGAAAAUUUAUAGAAAUACGUCUAAACGAUUGUUGUAUUCUAAUAAAAAAAACAGCAUUAUUUAUUUCUUAGGCUACAUAAUUGUAUGUGGCCGUUAAUGUGCAAUAAUUAAUGAUAAGAACGAAAAUUGUAAGAGUUUAAAUAAAUUGUUU